AUGCUGAAGCAACUUGCCCUCGGCCUUUUGGCCGCCCAAACCGCUGCUAGCAUGCGGUUUGCCAUGUACAUUGAUGAAUAUCACACAGUCGAUCUUCCCAGUGUGAAUCAAACAACAAACAUUGACCAUGCUAUCAUGAGCUUUGCUGCUACAAAGCUGUUCAACUCGGACUCUGCUCCCUCAUUCAAGCCUUUUGAGGAUGUUGAAACCAUGCGCAAGCGCUUCAGCCCUAAUACCAAGGUUAUGAUCGCCAUUGGUGGAUGGGGCGACACCGAAGGUUUCUCGGAGGGAGCCAAGGACGACGCCAGUCGUGAACGUUUCGCGAAGAACGUGGCAUCCAUGCUGGAUGCCAAUGGCUUCGACGGCGUCGACAUUGACUGGGAAUACCCCGGUGGCAACGGUCAGGACUACAAGCAAGUCCCUAACUCAGACAAGGUGUCCGAAAUCGAGACGUAUCCCAAGUUCCUCGCUGCCAUUCGCAAGGAAAUCGGCAACAAGACCCUCUCCAUCGCCGUCCCCGGCCGCAAGCAGGACAUGAUCGCCUGGAACAAGGAGACGGGCCCCGAGAUCUUCAAGUCAGUCGACAUGGUUAACGUCAUGAGCUACGAUCUGAUGAACCGCCGUGAUAAUGUUACCGCCCACCAUACCAGUGUCCAGGGAUCUCUGGAAGCUGUCCAGGAUUAUCUUGACUUUGGCGCUGACCCUGAGAUGCUCAACCUUGGCUUUGCCUACUACGCCAAGUGGUUCACGACUGACCCUGACUCCGACUGCGAUAAGAAUCCUCUGGGCUGCAAGGUUGUCAAGCUUGAGAACGAUGACGGCUCAGAUAACGGCAAGUCUGGUGCUUUGACGUUCGAGAAGAGCGUGAUGAGCGCUCCCCCCAGUAACCUGGCUACCUCUACGAACGGCAAGUGUGGUUCCGGCGAAGGCAAGUGCCCUGAUAGCCAGUGCUGCUCCGCCUACGGAAACUGCGGCUCUGGUGAUGACUUCUGCCAAGCUGGCUGCCUCUCCGACUACGGCACCUGCAAGGGCAUCUCCAUCACCGAUUCCUGGCGCCGAGCCGAGAAAAAUGGCAAAACUGACGAAAAGGAAGGCGGCCAGUACUACUGGGAUAAGGAGACCAACCUCUUCUGGACCUGGGACACCCCCGAGCUGAUCACCCAGAAGUUCACCGACAUUGUCCAAGCCAAGAAACUCGGUGGUGUUAUGGCCUGGAGUCUGGGUGAGGAUACGUACAAGUUUGCGCACCUUGAUGCUAUGCAGAAUGGUGUUAAGACUGCGACUACCGAGCAGGAUACUAAUGGUGCCAAGAUGCCCGUUAUUGCGGGUGGAGAGAAGCAUGUUGAUGGUGGCAAGAAGGUGACGGAUGGUGCUAAAAAACACAUGCAGAAGGGGGCAGAGAAGCUGGCACAGAAGGGGUUGACGCCUAAGAAGAAGAAGGAUAUGGUGAAAAAGUUGGCUGCGAAGAUGGCCAAUAUUAAUGCCUAA